AGCGCAGUCAUGUGACGGGUCAUGAGGAAGUAAACAGGGAAGGGGAGCUCCAAAAAGGAUAACCUGGAAUUUUAUCUUUAGAAACCGAAUAGAGUUGCUGGCGGCUUCUGUGAUCUGCAUUUGGCUGCUAUGGUGGACUUCCUGGCGGAGAAUAACCUCUGUGGCCAAGCCGUCCUGAGGAUAGUUUCCAGAGGGAAUGCAAUUAUUGCAGAGCUCCUGCGUCUGUCUGACUUCAUCCCCACAGUUUUUAGGCUCAAGGACAAAAGUGACCAGCAGAAAUAUGGGGACAUCAUCUGUGACUUCAGCUAUUUUAAGGGUCCAGAGUAUUAUGAGGGUAAACUGGAAGCCAAACCGGAGCUUCAGGACUUGGAUGAGGAGUUCAGAGAAAACAACAUUGAGAUUCUGUCAAGAUUCUAUCUGGCUUUUGAGAGCGUCCACAAGUAUAUUGUGGAUCUGAACAGGUAUCUGGAUGACCUUCAUGAGGGCGUUUACAUUCAGCAGACCCUGGAGACGGUGCUUCUAAAUGAGGAUGGGAAACAGCUCCUGUGUGAAGCUCUGUAUCUGUACGGCGUCAUGUUGCUGGUUAUCGACCAGAAAAUCGAAGGAGAGGUCAGGGAGAGGAUGCUGGUUUCCUAUUACAGAUACAGUGCCGCACGCUCAUCAGGUGACUCCAACCUCGAUGACAUCUGCAAGCUCCUGCGCAGCACCGGCUUCUCCAGCCAACCUGGUGCCAAACGGCCCGCCAACUACCCCGAGAGCUACUUCCAGAGGGUUCCCAUCAGCACCACUUUCAUCAGCAUGGUCAUUGGGAGGCUGCGCUCAGACGACAUCUACAACCAGGUGUCUGCCUAUCCUCUUCCUGAGCAUCGCAGCACAGCUCUGGCUAACCAGGCAGCCAUGCUGUACGUGUGCCUGUUCUUCUACCCCUCCAUCUUGCAGACACAGCAGGCCAAGAUGAGGGAGAUUGUAGACAAGUAUUUCCCUGAUAACUGGGUGAUCAGCAUCUACAUGGGGAUCACUGUGAAUCUGAUAGAGGCCUGGGAACCAUACAAAGCUGCUAAGACAGCUCUCAACUACACACUGGACGCUGCUAACAUCAAGGAGCAGGCUUCUCGAUAUGCAGCCAGCAUGGAGAGCCUAAGGCCUCAGGUGCAGCAGCUGCUGAAGGAAGGUUUCCUCAGGGAGGAGAUCAUCUUGGACAACAUUCCCAAACUGCUCAACUCUCUGAGAGACUGCAAUGUCGCCAUUCGCUGGCUGAUGCUGCAUUCUGCAGAGUCAGCCUACGACCCAAACAACAAGCGCCUUCGUCAGAUCAAAGACCAAGUGCUGAACGACUCCAAGUACAAUCCAAAGACUCUGUUCCAACUGCUGCUGGACACCGCUCAGUUUGAGUUCACACUUAAGGAGAUGUUCAAGCAGAUGCUGUCAGAGAAACAGAUCAAGUGGGAAAACUACAAAAAAGAGGGAUCUGAGAGAAUGAUGGAGCUGGCCGAAGUCUUCUCUGGCGUCAAACCUCUCACGAGGGUGGAGAAGAACGAGAACCUGCAGGCGUGGUUUCGGGAAAUCUCAAAGCAGAUUGAGUCUUUGAACUACGAAGACUCCACGGCUGCUGGGAGGAAGACUGUUCAGCUGAUACAGGCUCUCAUUGAGGUCCAGGAAUUCCACCAGCUGGAGUCCAACUUGCAGGUGUGCCAGUUUUUGGCAGACACCAGAAAGUUCCUCCACCACAUGAUCCGCACCAUCAACAUCAAAGAGGAAGUCCUCAUCACCAUGCAGAUCGUUGGAGACCUGUCCUACGCGUGGCAGAUCAUUGACAGCUUUACAUCCAUUAUGCAGGAGAGCAUCAGAGUGAACCCGUCCAUGGUCACAAAGCUGAGAGCCACAUUUCUGAAGCUGGCAUCUGCGUUGGAUCUCCCAUUGCUGCGGAUCAACCAGGCCAACAGCGCUGACCUGCUGAGUGUGUCUCAGUUUUAUUCUGGAGAGCUGGUGGCUUAUGUCAGAAAGGUGCUUCAAAUAAUCCCAGAGAGCAUGUUCACAUCUUUGGCCAAAAUAAUCAAACUUCAGAUCCACGACAUCAUGGAGGUGCCCACGCGGCUUGACAAGGAUAAACUAAAGGAUUACUCCCAGCUGGCUGCUCGCUAUGAAGUGGCAAAGCUCACACAUGACAUCUCCAUUUUCACUGAGGGGAUCUUGAUGAUGAAAACCACAUUAGUGGGGAUCAUUAAGGUGGAUCCGAAGCAGCUUCUAGAGGACGGCAUCAGGAAGGAGCUGGUGAAGAGGGUCGCCUAUGCUUUGCACAAAGGCUUGAUUUUCAACCCUAAAGCUAAACCCAGCGAACUCAUGCCCAAGCUGAAGGACAUGGCAGCCACCAUGGAUGGCUUCUACAGGUCCUUUGAGUACAUCCAGGACUACGUCAGCAUCUAUGGCCUUAAAAUCUGGCAAGAAGAAGUAUCUCGCAUCAUCAACUACAAUGUGGAGCAGGAAUGCAAUAGUUUCCUUAGGACAAAGAUCCAGGACUGGCAGAGUGUGCACCAAUCCACCCACAUCCCCAUUCCUAAGUUUCCCUCUGUGGAUGAAUCUGCCACUUUCAUCGGCCGUCUGUGCAGAGAGAUCUUGCGAAUCACAGAUCCAAAGGUUACCUGCUACAUCGACCAGCUGAACACCUGGUACGACUUGAAGAGUCACCAGGAGGUGACGAACAAAAGGCUGUUUUCUGAGAUCCAGAACACUCUGGGUACAUUUGGACUCAACGGACUGGAUCGACUUCUGUGCUUCAUGAUUGUCAGAGAACUUCAGAACUUCCUGACAAUGCUUCAGAAGAGCAUCCUGAAGGACAAAGCCUUGGUGGAAGUCUUCAAAACUGUGCUGGCUGCAGUCAACCCAGUCCAAGGCAUCGUCGCCAAUGCCAGCAAAGCGUACACGAGUGCUGUGGCCAAAUCCCAGAAGAUCUGGGGUCCAUACCUGGAGGCCAUCAUGAAGGUCGGUCAGAUGCAGAUUCUCAGACAGCAGAUUGCCAAUGAGCUUAACUUCUCCUGCAAGUUUGACUCCAAACACCUGGCAGCUGCCCUGGAAAACCUCAACAAGUCUCUUCUGGCAGACAUAGAAGCACACUACCAGGAUCCAUCUCUCCCUUAUCCUAAAGAAGAAAACACUCUAUUGUAUGAGAUCACUGCCUACCUAGAAGCUGCUGGAAUUCAUAACCCGCUCAGCAAGAUUUACAUCACCACAAAGCGUCUUCCUUACUUCCCCAUCAUCAACCUCCUGUUUAUCAUUGCUCAGCUGCCUAAACUUCAGUACAACAAAAAUCAAGGAAUGACCUGCAAGAAAGCAACCGAUCCUGUCGACUGGCCCCCACUAGUGCUGGGUCUGCUCACCCUGCUCAAGCAGUUCCACUCCAGAUACACACAGCACUUCCUUGCUCUGCUUGGACAGUUCAUCCGCUCUGUUAUGGAGCAGUGCACAAGCCAGAAAAUCCCUGAAAUGCCCUCUGAUGUUGUGGGGGCCCUGAUGUUCCUUGAAGACUAUGUAAAAUACACAAAACUGUCACGCAAGGUGGUUGAAGCUCAUGUACCCAGUUUCAUUUUUGACGAAUUCAGAACUAUUUUGUGAGCCCCCGGACAAGGACAUCAAACUGAAGAUGCAGUCUUUGUUUGUACUGUACUUUUCUUUGUUUAUAUUAGUCUUGAUCUAGUGGCAAAGAUUUUUGUGGUAGAAGCAACAAUCAUUUUGCUCUAAUUAAUUGUUCAGAAAUUAGGAUGUGCUUUUUUUCCCCCCAUAUACAUUUCAUGCCCAGCCUUAUAAUCUGUUUCUGCAAUGUUAUAACAAAAUGUGUUUUGUUAAAAAUACAUUUUUAUUUCAACCAGAAAAGGCCACAAUGUCAAAUGUAAAAAAGCUUCAAGAAGUAGUUCAUAUUUCAUUUUCUAGAACAAUAAAGUUUUGUAUUAAUAAACUGUACAUUUAAUGCUCAAUCAAAAACAUUUCCAUACUAAUAUUUUGUGGUAUUGUUUAUCAAUAAAUACAGUAUAAUUCUUUA